AGGGCUAACAAUGCUGGGGGAAUGGGCUUUGCAUUACCUGCGCCGCGCAGAGGGAGGUACCGCGGGAACCUCAUAAUGAUGGAGAUCGCGACUAUGAAACUGGGGCUACAACGUACCAUAGUCUCGUUUCGUCGACCUAGCCUUCUCAUGCGCCAGUCUUCGAGAAUUUAAAUUGCAGCCGCAGCUUCCCGAGGUCAACACUACAUGUUGCUCGUAUACGCGGUCAGGAGCUCCUACUUCCAACCCUGCGGCCAUGCCCAUGAUUCUGGGUGCUUCUUCCCUUUUUGAGACAGCCUGGGUAUCAUGCGUCUUUAGAAGCGACUCUGGAGACCCGGACUCCCAUGCGGAAGUAGUACGCGUGUUUGGGUCCAAACACGCGAACCAUUCGGUCUUCGAGCUGUCGCUUUUAGACACGAUGAGGCAAGGUGCGCAAGGGGUGGAGUUCUCCCAUGCGGGGCGAAGAGGAGUUCUUAUAUCGGUCCACGACGAUGGGUGCAGUGUUGAACAUGGACCUGCCGGAGGAGUUGGCAUCGGGUCACGUGGGACCUCGAGCUCAACGGUCCCUGGACUUCCAGUGAGAGAGAUACACUUCUCACCUGUAGCCUUUCUCACGGUAGAUAUAAAUACUUUACUGUUCUCCUGUCUUUCUUCGCCAUACCUCUCCUCGAUUCCUCCUCGGAGCUAAUAAGCAUGUAUGGACUUGCUCUAAAACCGUCGCCCAAAGCACUCAAUGCCGGGCACGAAAAGAGCACUCAUUGUCUGCAUGCCGUGUGCCUGAG